AUGGCUACAAUAUUCGACAAUUAUGCAGUGCCACUCAAGGUUCGAGGUGAAGACUUUGUUGUCAGUGUGUUUGAUAUUGCUACACAGAUUGAUUACGAGCGUAUUCGAGCGUACACCUACAGAGAAAACGCGGUGGUAGUCAUCUGUUUCUCAGUGUGCGACUGGGAAUCGUUCAACAGCGUGCCCCUGCUGUGGAUGCCAGAAGUGAGGCGAUACACGAAGAAGACUCGGUCAAUCAUUUUGGUCGGCACCAAGACAGAUCAGCGGCAAGGCAACGCAAGCGAAGUGUCCAAAGAAGAAGGGCAACGGUUAGCGAAGAAAAUCGGGGCAGACUGCUAUCUGGAGUGCUCGGCUAGAAAGCAAGAAGGUCUGGAGGAAAUCUUCCAGCACAUUGUCUUCGCUGGACUGAAGUUCAAGAAGAGCAAAAAUUUCGCCAAGUUCCUUUUCAAUCGUUUCAGAAGGUCACACAUAAUGCAUCUGCAGAAUAAAACACGUGGCUGA